AUGGGUGCAACUUAAGGUAUCACUUAGAAAAGGAUCUCGCUCCGUUACUAAAAAUCACUCGACGUAAAAUCGACAAACGAAAAUCUCACCAAUUGUAAAUCAGUCUCUUCGUAAGACUCGAUCAAAUUAGGGUCCUUCUACAAAAUAGCUGUAUUGGGUAUGAAUACAGCAGUUGGAAAAACAGCCUUCAUCUGUAGUCUCAUAAAUUAAAUUCCAAUGGUGAGUAAUUUACCUCAAACGAUUGGAUUAGAUGUUAAAUGCAUGUUAUAUUAACAAUAAAAAAUUCAAUUUUGGGAAUUCGAUUCAAGUGAAGGAGGAUUGUUAGAUUUGGAGAAUAGAAUCAAUGAUUCCUUUAAUUGCAUCAUGAUAAUUUUUGAAUAAUUUGAUGUCUCGUUGUUCAAGAAGAGAAUUGUUUAAGUCUAAAAGUUAUGUAAUGAAAACAAAAUGACAGGCAAGGUUCCCAUUCAUUUGAUUGGCAAUGAUAGAUUGGACAUGAAAAUAUCUGGAAAGGAAAAUGAAAUCCAGAGAAUGAUAUCAACAAUCUAUGAUGGAAACAGAAUAUUUGUACACAUUGUUGACUUUACUCAAAUCAAAGAACUCAACAAUUUGCUAUAAUUUGUAUUCAAAGAAAAAUGA